CGGAGCAGACCCCAGUCCUGCUUUCAGCGCAGUUUACGCACAGAUCCGGACCGGCGGACUGCUCGCAGCCCGGCUGCUGGAGGAGUCUGGGCUGGUAGCGGGAGCGCUGUCCGGGUGUCGGGGCGGCCUGGACUCACCUCUGGGUGGAGGAGUGGUACGGUCCCGUUAGACGCAGCCUGCAGCCGGAGCGGACUCGGGCUGUUUACCGCAGCCGCCGGGCGGGAGCGCACCGAGGGCGCACCGCGACAUGUCUGGCGCACGGAUUAACGCCACUUUACCCAGAUAACGGACUGUAUGAUGAAUUCCUGCCGGUUUGCUGUUUUCCUGGGAGCAUUAGUGUGUGUGUGCACCGGCGUGCACGUGACGGUGCGGGAGAAGCAGCGGUUUGCGAUGCUGUUCCAGUCCGUGGUGCUGCCGUGCCAGUACCAGACGGCGUCCGCCCAGACGCCGGUGGUGCAGUGGUGGUACAAGUCGUACUGCCGGGACCGCACCAGGGACUCCUUCAGCCUGCCCGAGAGCCUGGGGGCCAAGGCGUCCGACCUGGGGCCCGGCUCGCACCUGGAGUGCUCCGACAGCAGCCGCACGGUGCGGGUGGUGGCCUCGGCGCAGGGGGCGUCCAUGACGCUGGCCGAGCACUACAAGGGCAGAGACAUCGCCAUCGUCAACAAGGCAGACCUGCGUAUCGGCGAGCUGCAGUGGGGCGACAGCGGAGUGUACUUCUGUAAGGUGGUGAUCGCCGACGACCUGGAGGGGAAGAACGAGGCGCAGCUGGAGCUGCUGGUGCUCGGCAGGAAGCUUGAGCAGAACGAUCUUCUACCUGAGUUUGAUGUGGAGAUCAUGCCAGAGUGGGCCUUCGUGGGCUCGGUGGUCCUGGGCGGCGUCCUGCUCCUGCUCCUGCUGGGGGUCUGCUGGUGCCAGUGCUGUCCUCACUCCUGCUGCUGCUACGUCCGUUGCUGCUGCUGCCCGGACAGCUGCUGCUGCCCCCGACACCUGUAUGAGGCGGGGAAGAUGGCCAAGAGCGGCCAGGCGGCUCAGGUCCCGGUGUAUCCCUACUACAUCCCCGGGGUUCCUGCCAUUCUCCCCGUGGCUCCUCCGUCCCGCCUGGAGCCCAAGAUGUCCUCCGUCCCCUCAGUGGAGAACAACCUGGCUGCAGUGCGCAGUGGUUACCGACUGAAAGCCAGUCCAGACCAGGACUCAAUGAAAGUUCUGUACUACAUAGAAAAGGAGCUGGGUCAGUUUCCCUCCAGCAGGGCGGCGGCGGUGAAACCCAGCAGCCUGUCAGAGCUGAGCUCGCUUCACGACGGCGGCGCCACAGACUUCAGACACACCUACCAGACGGUCCAGAUGAAGGCGCUGCCGCCCAUCGCCGACCUCCACGACCUCCACGACCUCUCGGUGCUGAGGGCGGCUCCGGCCAAGCAGAGCCGGAGGCCCAGACUGGACCGGGGCAACCAGUCCGACGACGAGCUGGACCGCAGGUGGAACUCGCGCUCGGAGCACCUGCAGAGGAAGACGCUGAGCCGGAGAGGACGCACCGGCUCCCUGGACGAGCUGGAGGAGUUCGCCCGGUCCUACGGGUCCCGCGGCCGUCGGGCCGAGCCCCCGGACCGGCACUACGAGCCGGACUACGGCCCCCCCAGGCGCUUCUGCAGGGACCAGGACGAGGACUGGUACCGCCGCAGCCCCUCGCCCGGCCUCCAGAAGAGGAGGGACACCUGGGACAGCGACCGGCCGUCCCGGCCGCCGCAGGGCCGGGCCUACGACCACGCCUUCCUCGACGGCGUGCUGGAGAGCAAGGCCAGGGCGCGGGGCGGGGACAGGGGGGGCGGGCGGGCCGACGAGGACAGCGACACCCCCUCCAAAGGCAGCUCCAGGGGGAAGGCCAGCGACAGCUACUACAGCCGGUCUCCCAGCAACCGUCCGGAGGAGGAUGACCCGCUGCCGCCGUACUCCGAGCGGGAGGCGGAGCGCCACCGCAGGGCCGACCCGGCCCCGGCCCCGGACCGCUACCGCACCGCAGAGCCCCCCCGCUCCGACGCCGCCAUGAGGCCUUUCUCCUACACCCGCCCCCACACAAUGCAGGGGGGCAGAGAGGACCGGGACCGGGACUGGGACCGGGACCGGAGCCGGAACCUGAGCACGGCACUGAGCAGGGACACUCUCAUAGUGUGACGGGGCUCCUCCCGCCUCCAGCCGCACGCUGCUUCAUUAUAACCACGCCGUCAGCCGCCGCGUCGCACCGCGCCACGCCGCGCUGCCACGCCGUCACCCGCCUGACGUCCGGCCACCGACACAGCAUGCCGUCCUCUGUCUGUCAGUAGAGGAGAGUUCUGCCAUACCUGUGUGUGUGUGUGUGUGUUUAUGUUCAGCUGUGGAAUCGCGACGUGCUGAUUGCAGGACUCACAUCAGUGCCAACAUGUUUUUGUUGUUAUUUGCUGGCUCCAGAGUGUAACUCUCAUGUCGGCCUUCGGCCGUCACACUCGGCCCUCUGCACGGACUCAGGGUCACUGUGUGUGUAUUUUUGUAUCCUCCUCUCUUUCACGUUGUGACUCUGUGUGUGCACCUUGAACUGUCUCACAGAUUGGAAUUGCACUGUUUAAAUACUUUUUGAAUAAAGAAAGUAGCAGAUG